CUGGUCCUCUAUCCUAGCCGCACAGCUCUGCAGCUUUGCCCGCGCUCCUCAAGCUUCUCAACUCUGGACUAAGAAUCUUGGAACAAGAGCAAACCCCACUGCUGUUGAGGAGACCUCACCUUUCUGCCUCCAGCUCUCCAAAGGGACUUGCAUCCAUCUAGAAGAGAGGAGGGUGUAUUCACCACCCUGUCUUUGUUGGCCUUUAAUCUAACUUUACCUGACACCUUGGGCCAACUUUGAUCACAUCUCACCCUCUACUUUUGUUUUGUUUUUGGCAAGAGUGGACAUUGGCCCUCUGGAGCCUGUUUUGGGCAGAGGGUGUUGAGAGAGUACUGAGGACUGAGCGGCCAGGACUGUGUGCUGAAGUCACCAUGUCCACCAAGGUCCCCAUCUAUUUGAAACGUGGCAGCCGCAAAGGCAAGAAAGAGAAGCUUCGGGACCUGCUGUCCUCAGACAUGAUCAGCCCACCACUUGGGGACUUCCGUCACACUAUUCACAUUGGCAGCGGUGGCGGAGAUGACAUGUUUGGGGACAUCUCCUUCCUGCAGGGCAAGUUCCAUCUCCUUCCAGGAACAGCGGUGGAAGAGGCUGAGGAGGAUGGCAGCUUUGACCUUCCCUUCCAGUUUACUCGCACUACAACCGUGUGUGGGCGAGAGCUCCCUGAUGGGCUGUCACCUCUGCUCAAAAACGCCAUCUCCCUCCCUGUAAUUGGUGGCCCCCAGGCCCUCACUCUGCCUACAGCCCAGGCUCCACCUAAGCCUCCUCGCUUGCACCUUGAAUCUCCACAGCCUUCUCCACAGCCUUCCCCACAGGGGGCAGGAAAUGUGGACGUCUGGAGGAUUCCAGAGGCUGGCUCGCCCCACAAUGGGAUGAGCCCUGAGCCGGAGGCCGAGGAGCCCUUCCUGUCCCAUGCCAGCUCCCUGCUGUCCCUGCAUGUGGACCUGGGGCCUUCGAUCCUGGAUGAUGUCCUCCAGAUUAUGGAUCACGACCUAGGCCGCGUGCAGAUUCCUACAUAAAACCCUCGGCUGGCCAGGCAGGUCGCCCAGGCUGUGCUGAUGCCUGGAGACAUCUAUGGGCAUUGGCCCUGACCUAGGAGUCAGGAUCCCAGGUCACACCUAUGGGUGCUGGCUAGUGACUGCCAUUUUGAGCCUUUGUUUUCCCUUCUCCUAAUGGACAGAGUGUAUCUUUGUUUUCAUCUAACAACAUCCACAGAGGAGCCAUGCAGAAGUUGCCUUAGAGACUCCUGAAUCUCUUUGGUCAUUUGCCCUCACUGCCAAUUGCCCCCUUUCCCUCGGGUCCCUGUGGGGAAGACUCUGCUAAAAUGGAGCCCCUCCUUUGUUGGUAUCGUUGGCUAUGCUCCCCACUGGUCUUUGUGUUUGGGUCUGGGAGUCCAGAAAUCGUGACAUCUCCCGCCUUGUGUCCUGUCCCAACCCUUCCUCACAUGACCAGGGAAUUCUGGUCGCAAUAAAACAUGUUGCUGCUGGUGGCUGA